AUGAAUGGCUCUGUGACUGCAAAUAACGAUGUGUCUCAUAUCGACAGCCCUCCCUCGAGUCGUGAACCUUUAGCAGCAGUCGAUAGCCCCGAUCCCACAAAGCAGUCACGUUCCAACCUACAAAUACGCCGGCUACUGUCUUACGAAGACCGCCAUCGUCAAGCAAGCAAUGGUUUACAUCAAACGCAGAAUGCGAGUGGUUUGAAAGAGGCAGAUUCUGGUGACCAGUCCAUGCCGCUAUCCGUGUCCAAACAGAGCCACAUCUCCUCGGCUGGUGUAGAAUCAGGGGAGGAUGUUGUCAGCAGGAAACCCAUGCUGCCAAUCAUCAAUGGUGUACCAAUGGAUGAUAAAUCUUCCAUCGCUGUGAGCGAUCAUGAGUCCAACCAUGGCAGUAAUAUUUUCAAUGGCAUGCCUACCCCAACACCUCAAAUACUUGUGGAUGCCAACGCCCAAGAUACCAUCAGCCUAUCUACAGAGACAAAAGAUGAGCGCGUGCUUAAGUUGUCUCCUGAUCAAUUACAGAAACUGACAUCAAGCCCGGAGUCACUACCCGUGAGGCCGAUUGCGAGACGCCCUCAGUCGCAAGUUGUCUCCCAGACUCUUCUCGGGUUGAAUGGUCCUCAUGCUGCAUCGGCCAAGGUCGUAGGAACCAUUGACGAAAGCACAUUUCUGGACGGCAACCCAAGCGCACCAGAACAUAUUGAUGGCAAGAAGUCUCGCCAUCUUACAGUAGAGACCAGCAACCGCCCUAGUCAGCCAUCAACAAGUCCAGGCCUAAGACCAUGGGCCCCUCAAAGAGCCUUGUCAACCCCAAACUCGGUUAAGAGCCCACAGUCACCUUCAAAGCAUGAUCGACCACGGCCAAGUUUGAAACCUCCUCCUGAGUCUUCAUCCCGUCAGGAAGCGUCAGACGGCCGGAGAUACUCCUCGUCGGGACGACCGCUUCCUUCUCCAAUGCCUGCAUCGAUUCCUCUUCCUCCACUUUCUAUUGCUACGUAUCUGGAACUAGAACUCUCUUCACAGCGUCCCUCCCAUCUUUAUAUCCAUCGAACGGCGAACAACGACUUUCCAUAUGAAUCCUCCCGAGUCAAGAUUGAGAGACUGGUCAAUUUCUUGAUGCUACCUCCACAUCUUGAGGGAGUCUUGUGGUUUGGUACUCUUGCCUGCCUUGAUGCCUGGCUUUACACGUUUACCAUCCUACCUCUCCGGCUACUCAAGUCCUUCUAUAUCCUUGGGCAAUCGUGUAUCACGAAUUUGAUGAAGGAGAUCAACUUUGUGUCGAAUUUUGUCUUCAUUGGAUCUGGGAGAAUGUGGAGGCGGCGCCGAAGCAGUGUAGUGCCAGUCGCAAAUCGAAAAUCAUCAGGACCAGGGUCAACUGAGCAACCAGGUCUUCCGUACGGACCUUCGUUGCAUCGCAAACACAGCGCACACCACCACCGAACAAAAUCAGUGCCCUCAACGCUGCUGCCCGACGACAAGGCAGACAUGCUCAAGGGGCUUCUUAUCAUAUGUACAUGCGUCAUCCUCCUCAGGCUUGAUGCCAGCCGAAUGUACCAUUGGAUCCGUGGACAGGCGGCGAUCAAGCUAUAUGUCAUCUAUAACCUUCUGGAAGUUUGCGAUCGACUGUUUUCGGCCAUUGGCCAAGACGUACUAGAGUGCCUGUUCUCGCGAGAGGCGUUGGAAAGGAAACCCGAUGGGCAUAGCAAGAUCUUGCGCCCUUUAUGGUUGUUCCUCCUUGCUCUGACCUAUACGGUCAUACAUUCCACGGCGCUGUUCUUCCAAGUGAUCACGCUGAAUGUGGCUGUCAACUCGUAUUCGAAUGCUCUCAUUACUUUACUCAUGUCCAAUCAAUUCGUGGAGAUCAAAUCGACAGUGUUCAAAAAGUUUGAGAAGGAGAACCUCUUCCAAUUGACCUGCGCCGAUGUGGUUGAGCGAUUCCAGCUCUGGCAUAUGCUGAUCAUCAUUGCGUCGCGCAACAUUGUAGAGACAGGAGAGUUGCGCUCGCCGUUUGGACUCGGGUCAUCCACACCGUCUUUUACCGUCAGUCCAUCAGCAACAUCAGUGCUGAACGGCAGUGCUUCAUUUGCCCAAGGAACUCCUCCCAAUUCAGCAAGCUCAUUUCUGCCGAGGUCUUUUACACUGGUGCCGACGAUAGUGGAAUCGAUAACAUCGUAUGUCCCUGCAGUCAGUCAGGUUCUAGGCCCGUUUUUGAUCGUACUUGGAUCUGAAAUGAUGGUUGACUGGAUCAAGCAUGCGUAUAUCAACAAAUUCAACAAUACUCGGCCGGCGAUCUACGAUCGUUUCUUGGACGUUCUUGCGAAAGACUACUAUACGAAUGCGUUUGGAGAUCAGAACCUUACCAAGAGACUUGGGUUGCCUGUGAUCCCGCUGAGCUGUCUCCUGAUCCGAGCGAGUUUCCAGACAUACCAGAUGUUCAUGGCCGCCUGGGUACCAUCGACACCUCCUACGUCAUCAACCAGCUUGGCGAGUAUUCAUGCACAAUUCGCGACAUCACGGUCAACCAUGCCAAUGACUACGGGAGCGGCGAUUUCCAAAACGGUGGACGACAUUAUACGUGCCAUUCCCGCGGUGAUUACGAGCUCGAGCAUUGUGACCCACCUGACCACGGUUCUCACGUUUCUCCUGAUAUUUUUGGUGCUCCUGGCUUGCAAACUGGUGCUUGGGAUGCUCCUUUUGGCUUUUGCAAGAUCUCGAUAUCGAUCGAUGAAGCAGCGAGAGAAGAGCUCGGUGCACCACGUGGAGGGGGGCCGUCGUGUUGGUGGGUGGGGUGUCGUUGAGGUGGAUGAAGACAAACGACGGUGGAUCUAUGAAGACGACCCAGCAGGAAUGCGAGGGCUGCGUGAAAGGGAGGAGAAAGACAAACAAAAGCAGCAAAAGGAGAAAGUGAUCGGAGUUGAGAGUUUCGACAAGGUCAAGCGUUAUGAAAUGGUAGCAAAGCGAAUCUGGUAG